AUGAUAGAUUUAGAUUGGGCGAUCGGUCUAAAUCGGCUCAUGUUGAAAAUCGUCGGUUUGUGGCCACCGGAUAAUCGAGACUGUCAUGAAAGCAUGAAAUCGAAAAUUCGAUUACUGUGCAGCAUUAUCAUGAUACUCUUCAUAUUAGCAAUACCAACUUUCGUAUCACUGAUAAGAGUAUGGGGCAAUAUGAUUCUAAUGAUAGACAAUUUGAUAUACAGUCUACCCGUGUUAAUUGCUCUAUUCAAAGUUUACAUUAUUUGGUACAAACAAGAAGGUAUAUUUGACAGAAUAGUGUGCUCUGAGAAUUUGUCUUAA